AUGGAAAAUGUAAUUAGUAUAGUGCUCGGAAAAUUAAAUUGCUGGUUUCAGCAAUCUAAAUUUCACAUUUUUCAUCAAGAAAUGAUACAAAACAGAGUUCCCGGUACUCAGAUUUACUGGUUAGACAUAGUAUUUCGUUUUAUUCCGCUCAUCAAUAAUGAAUCAGUAUUCUUUGUAAGCUCAUAGUAAGACUUUAAGGUUUCAUAAUGGAUGCACUACUUAUUCGAUACAUUUCUUUCUAAUCUAAUUUUUACGAAAUCCCAACAAUGUUAUGAGAAGAAACCAAUAAAUUAAAGCCCUUACUGUAUCAAACUAUAUUCAGCUCUUUGGUACUUAAUGAAGCAUCAUGUACCACUGAACCUGUAAAGUCUUGAAAUUUUUUUAUCACAACCCACUGAAAUUUGAAAUAUAUGGUAAAUUAGGUAAGCGUUAUGUGGACGACAAAGUGAAUUCAAAGGUCGAUUCAUUUCUUUAUAAAAAAGCAUAAUUGACGGAGAAGUACAACUAUGAUCGUUGCCAAUACCUAUUUUCCUA